UCUGUUUCAUUGCAGUUCUACGUGAGGCAUAGCAUGGGACAAGUGCGUGUUUCCCAGUUCUGCACCUUCCUCCAUAUAGUGAUUUUUUUAAUGGCAUUAAGUCCAGGACACGGACAAGCUCUGACGGUCUUGCAAUCCCUGCGGGAAAUAAAGGAAAAUCGAGGAGGCACAGUCAUCCUGCCCUGCAGUUUUGAAGACCCAGAUGGAAAAGCAGACCCUUCGACAAAGUGUGCGGUCCAGUGGUAUAAAGCCAAACAUGGGCAGAGCUUGAGUGAAAGCACACAAGUAGCCCUGAGAACACGCCAUGCACUUGCUCAGCCAGAGCCAUCACUUACGCACCGAGAAGCCUCCCUUGUCAUCACGAAUCUCACUCUGGAGGAUGCUGGGAUGUAUUACUGCACUGUGAAUGUGUGGCAAAGAGGCAAUGGGACAGGAGCAGGUACAGAGCUACACAUCCAUUCUCCACCAUCUGCCCCCAAGCUGUUCCUACAAAUGCCCUCUAAUCCAGCCACAGAAAAAUGGAGUCUGGUGUGUCAGACAAAGGGAUUCCACCCUUCACAUAUAAUUGUGAGAUGGAGUAGAAGCCGGGAUCUCCAUGGAGGAGUUAAUGAGAAUCUAGGAAGCAGUGAGAAUAGCCCUGUUCAUACCGCCUCUCUCAAAAAACACAUGGGAGAUCACAGCACCUUCUUUGAAAAUGGUAUUGACGAGGUGCACAGUACUGCAGUUCAGACACUUCAUCUGUUUGAAAACAGCAGCAAGGAGGACUAUGUAAUCAGUCACCUUCAAGUAGCUCAUCCUAAUAUGACUGGAGGAACAUACUUGUGUACUAUACACCAUGUCUCACUGGAAGCCCCUCUCACAGCAGAGUUUAAGUGGGAUCUUUUCGAAGCACACUUGCCAUUUCAAGCAACUGGGUGCUUAAAUGUCUUCAAAAUCUGUUUUCUGGGUGGAUUAUUCUGUAUAUUCUUUGCAGCAGCCCUGAAGUCCUGCUGUGAGAAUCGUCUUCAAUAUUUUGGGUCUUCAAGGAAGUAACUCAUGCCAUACCGUAUGUGUGUGAAAAUACAGUAUGCAAUGCUUCUGGAUUUUCUUUUUUUAAAUACAUAUCAUUCAAUUAUUGACUUCUGGUUGAAGACUUACUUUCUUCUGUGUUACUACUGUAGAUGGCUAUGUAUAAUUAUUGUGUUAUGUUUAUUUUUUCAUGUGGAACAGUGCAACUUACAAAGGUGCAUCAUCUUUCUCUACUUAUAGUUAGUUGAAUUUGACUACUCUUUUAUUGUAGAUUUCUGUUCUACAGUACAUAUUUGAAAUCUUAAAAAAUAGUAUCACAUGAGCUCUGAACCAAAACUGUCAAGACUUUUAAAACCUUUUCUACUAUUUAAAAUCAAUUGAUUUGAUUUGAUUCAAUUGAUUGAUUUGAUAUGUCUCUUUUUAAAAUGCUAGGGUAUUAUCCACCAUCAAAACCUUUAUUUUGAAUCUGAUAUUGCCAGUAGCACAUGCACCAAUGUUUUCCUGUAUAUUUGCUGUCAUUGUCCUUAUUGCUUUUGACAGCACCAAUUCUCAGUGUUCCAGCAAACAUCUCUUCGCUAGCAUUUACGAGCACACAAUAUCAGUGUAAUGAAAUAUCAACUACGGUAGACAUGCUAUCUUGACAAAAUGUUCUUGGCUUGAAUUUUGCAAAAAGAAAAUGCCUUCUAGUUAAUGUUCUGAGGACAUAUGGUUAACUGAAUCAAUUUAGUGUGUUUUAUUCAUUAUUCAUCAAUGUAAUAACAGUUUAUACAGUAUAUAGUAUGUGUAACCAUACUCCUUUUACUUUAACACGCUAUUUUUCAUUGUGUGCCAACUCUGGACAUGGAAAGAAAAAUAGAAAAAUUAAAUUCUCUGCUUCCCCAAGUCUAAAAAUCCUGCUUGCCAUUAUUUUGGAACACCCCGAGUAUGUACAGCAGCAAUCUAAUUAACUGUGCACAUAUCUUCAGUGCUGGUGUACAGGAAUAUUGUUGUGUACAUAGUAUGUUCAGAACAAUGUUAAACUCUAAGGAAAAGCUUCAGAAAUAAUAAAAGCAGUUAGAAAAGAAAUAGUACAUCAUAAUUUUACUCCUGAAGACAGAUCUUGUGGUGAGUGACAUUGAGUGAGUAAUUGUCACAUCUUUCAACAUGAUAUAAAUAGUACUGCAUAUAUUAAUACUUUCAACUUAAUGGUAGUGUCAAACUUGUGAACCACCACAUCUUUUUAAUUAUGACGAGCUGAUCUAUCCACACAUUUCAGCUAUCUCUGUGUAAAACAUGCUACACUGUCGGACUGUGUCUGAUGCAACUGAGUUCCUGGCAACUGUCGGACUGCUGUUAACUAUUGUAUAAUUUCCUUUAAAGUCAAAUUUCUUAAGUGCUAAAGUGUUUUCAACUAGCUGUAAACUGUCUCUGUUCCUGUUUAUAUUCCUUUAACUCUUUCGCUCUCAUGCUAAUGUUCUUCUCACGUACGUGUGAUGGAUUUCUGCAUUUCAGUAGGAUACUUUGUAUCG